AUGGACAAGUUUAAUAGCUUGCCAAGCUCGUUCAUGACACAAACUUUGUUUGUUGCCAAGUAUUUAAUACUGCCUAUCAUUCUCAUCUUUAUUCUCUCGCGUGUAAUCAACAAUCGAUCUGUUUCUAAGUCUUCGCUACCUCUGCCAGCCAACGAUGAAAUUGUACGCCUGCGAGUAUACCCCAUCAAGUCAUGCCGGGGCUUUGAUGUAAAUUCCACAAAGCUUCUGCGUACAGGUCUAGACUUGGACCGUAACUGGAUGUUUGUCACGGCCGAAAAGCGUGAAUUUAUCACCAUCAGGACAAACUCCAACAUGACUCUUAUCACUACGGCUUGGGACACAGUCACGGAUAUGCUUACUGUCACUCUAAACGGGUACUCAUUCGAAAUACCAGCUCAUCCCACGACUCAAUGGCUUGAGAAGAACACCGAGCUGACCAAAGCGGGCAUUUGGGGCGAGCAGACCGAUGCUUGGGAAUACUCAGCCAUGCUCACAAAGCCCAUCUCAGAGUUCCUGAAGAUUGAUGUCCGUCUGGUAUACAAAGGACCUACACCCCGAGUCCUACGUGGCAGUGGUACUCCUGAGCGUCUGGGUCGUACCGAAGCCACCAAAUUCGCUGACAUGAUGCCUGUGCUGGUUGCUUCCAUGGCGAGCAUGAACGAGUUGAACGACCGUCUCGCUAAUGCCGGAGAGGAUAAAAUCGAGAUUGAUCGCUUCCGACCAAACAUUAUCAUUCGCGGCAGUGUACCGUGGGUCGAGGAUGGAUGGAAGACUCUGCAAAUCGGAGAAGGUGAACAUCGUCUUGACCUUGACGUGGUCUGCCGCUGCCUGCGAUGCCAGGUGCCCAAUGUACACCCUAUUACGGCCGAAAAGCACCCACGCCAGCCUUGGAAUCAGAUGAUGAAGUACCGAAGAAUCGACGCCGGGCUCAAGUUUAAGCCAAGCUUUGGAAUGCUUUGUGCACCAAGUGUCGAGGGACAUCUUGAGGUUGGGAUGAAGUUUCAAGUCAAGACUAUGACGAACGAUCACUUCUUUAUCAGCCCGAUGAAGUAA